AUGCCAGACCCCAACCUCCAAAUCUCGCUCCUCGACCCCUCAGAAGCAGAACAAUACAUGCGCAUCCGCCACGAAGUCUUCCGCAACACCGUCAAUCACAUCCUCUACCCGCGCGGCGAGCCCUCGCAAGCCACCCUCGACAAAGUCACAGAUUCCAUCCGCACCGGCAUCGCCGACGGAGUCCUCUUCUUAAAAUGCGUCGAUACUGCCACGGGCGAAAUGGUCGCCGGCGCCCGCUGGCGCUACUUUAAACCACAGCAAGAGGGUGCUGCGCAGCGCACCUGGGAGGAAGUCGAUGCAGGCCUCACAUUGCCUGAGCCGUUUGAAGAGAGCGACCCGGAGAUGUGGAAUGAGGUUUUCAGUACGAUGAAUGCGAAUAAGAGGGAGGUUCUAGGGCAGAGACCGUAUUACGUGCUGGAAACGCUGGUUACGUUACCGCAGCAUGAGAGGAGGGGUGCGGGGAGUAUGCUGGUGAGAUGGGGGUGUGAAAGGGCGGAUGAGGCGGGCGUGGAGGCGUUUCUUGAGGCGAGUCCGACGGGAGCGCCGUUGUAUGCUAGGUUUGGGUUUCAGAGGGUGAAGGAGGUGGCGUUUGAUUUGAGAAAGUGGGGUGGGACGACAACGAUUGAUCUUAUUCUUAUGUUGAGGCCGGCGAAAGAGAAGGUGGCAGAGUAG